UCCCCUUCGAUAGUUAUGUCAUGUGUAUCUUCGUGGCUCUGUCGGAACCCUCCUCUCCUGUUUUCAUUACAAACUUUUGGUCUCAUGAGUUCAUUAGUCAAACUUUUACACCCUCCUUUUUUGUUUUUUUUCCUUAAAAAAAAAAUACAAAUCUUUUAUCCUCUCUCUCUCUCUCUCUCUCUCUCUCUACCGACUCCUCUCUGUCUCUUUAGUUUGCGAUCUUUAUCUCUAUCAAUAAUAGCAAACCCAUCAAACUCAUGUUUGAUUGAUCAACAAUCCUCUCAACUCGCUAUGCAAUCCGAAUACGAGAUUAGGACUCUGAACCAAGAAGCUCAGACUCGUUGGUUGAAACCUCCUGAGGUGUACUUCAUUUUGAAGAAUCACGAGAGAUAUGAGUUGACUCACAAAGCACCUCACAAGCCUACUAGUGGAUCAUUGUGUCUAUACAAUAAAAGGGUUCUUAAAUUCUUCCGUAAAGAUGGUCAUCAUUGGAGGAAAAAGAGGGAUGGUCGAGCUAUUGCUGAAGCUCAUGAACGUCUCAAGGUGGGUAACGUUGAGGCUUUGAAUUGUUAUUAUGCACAUGGAGAGCAUGACCCUUCUUUUCAGAGGCGUAUCUUCUGGAUGCUUGAUCUGGAAUACGACCAUAUAGUCCUUGUUCAUUACAGGGAUGUGAGUGAUGCAAAAGAGGGAAAGCAAAGUAGUGGAACCGUUUUGCAGUUCUCACUGAAACCUUCCACUCUAUUUUCAUCUCCAAGCUACAGUCACCACAUUGGUGAUUCUUCUACUGACAUACAACAGCAGCAUUCAGAGGCUAACUCUGGCGUUGUCUUUAGUAGCAACGGAGGUGAGGAAGGGAGUGGAAGUUCUUACGAGUUUGAAAAUAGGGAGGCUUUCAAGAGGCUUGAGGAACAACUUAGUCUUGGUGAUGAUAAUAAUCUUGUUCCAAACGAAAGUUUGGAUGGGCUCCAGUUUCUGGACUUUAGUACGGAUGUUGACCACCUUGUUCCACCACCAGCAACUAUACAUCAGAGACCAGAGAGUAGUAGCAAACUAGGGAGAUGUUACGGUGGUUAUGUUGGACCCCAGUAUAAUGUAGGUCCACCACUCUACAGUCAGAAUCAAAGUUUGGAUAGUCUCCUAUCUUUAGAGUACAUUAAGGAUAUGAAUCAGCUUGCACAACCAGAAGCUGGACAACAGAGACAGGAGAGUAACAGACUAGAGAGAUCUUACGGAGGGUAUAUUGGAACCGAGUAUCAUCCCAACAAUCUCAUGCUUGUAAAUAAUGGUUCAGGUGGCAGUGGAGGGAGUGGCGAGUCUUGGAAAGAUGUGUUGGAGGCAUGUGGGGCUUCUAUAGCUCUUAACUCUCAGCAGGGAAGCACACCAAGUUCGGCUAAGGUUUUGCUAUCUGGAAUGCAGGAAGAUUCUAACUGGACUUAUAUCAACCAGGCUGACCAAGCUACAUUGUUGCUGCCUCAAGAACUAGAUUCUUCUUUGCAACUUCCUCCUCCUUGUUAUUCUGAGCUGAGAGCUCCUGAGAAUAACGGCUACUACAAUACAAUGUUGGACGAUGAAGGGCAAACCGGGCCGCCUCUCGAGCAAGUAAUGAAUCCCACAGUUGCAUAUAAUCAAAAGUUUACUAUCCAGGACAUAUCACCAGAGUGGGGUUACGCAAAUGAAACUACAAAGGUGAUAAUCAUAGGAUCAUUUCUCUGUGAUCCAACAGAAUCUACAUGGGCUUGCAUGUUUGGAAACGCUCAAGUUCCUUUUGAGAUCGUUAAGGAAGGCGUUAUACGGUGCCAAGCCCCUCCAUGUGGUCCUGGCAAAGUGAAUCUAUGCAUUACUUCUGGAGAUGGACUCUCUUGUAGUCAAAUAGUUGAAUUUGAGUAUCGCGAUAAGCCUGAUGACAGAUCUUCCCCUAGGAGCAGUCCUGAUGUGCUUUGGUUACUUGUAAAGUUUGUGCAAACACUUCUCUUGGAUAGAAAAGGCAACAUAGAGCCAAGCACUGAUGAUGAUGAAUGGAGGCGUAUCAUAGAUAAAAUUCGAGAUGGCACUGCAACAUCAUCAAGUACUGUUGACUGGCUUCUACAGGAGCUGCUUAAAGACAAGCUGGCUGCAUGGCUGUCUUCAAGAUCCCAAGAUAAAGACCAAACAUCUUGUUCGUUGUCAAAGCAAGAACAAGGCAUUAUCCAUAUGGUGGCAGGCCUUGGCUUCGAUUGGGCGCUCUCUCCAAUUCUUGGGCAUGGAGUUAGUAUUGAUUUUCGUGAUGAUAACGGAUGGAGCGCUCUUCAUUGGGCUGCACAACUUGGAAGUGAAAAAAUGGUGGCUGCCCUUAUAGCUUCAGGGGCAUCAGCUGGAGCAGUAACUGAUCCCAAUACGCAAGACCCGGUUGGAAAAACUCCAGCUUCGAUAGCUGCCUCUAAUGGCCACAAGGGCCUCGCAGGUUAUCUAUCAGAGGUGGCGUUAACAAACCAUCUCUCUUCGCUCACACUUGAGGAAACCGAAGAUUCUAUAGAGAGUGCUCGAGCAGAAGCAGAGAUAGCAGUGAAGUCCAUCGCAGGAAAAAGUCAUCCCGUUAAUGAUGAUCCACAAUCACUGGCUGCAUUGAAAAACGCAGCUGAAGCAGCUGCGAGGAUCCAGGCAGCAUUUCGUGCACAUUCAUUCAGAAAGCGGCAACAGAGAGAAGCUGAUAUGUAUGCUUGCUUGAAAGAGUACGGGAUCUAUGCAGACAUGUCGAAGCAAAAUGUACGGAACUACCAUUCAGCAGCUUUAUCUAUCCAGAAGAAGUACCGUGGCUACAAAGGUCGAAAAGAGUUUCUUACAAAGCGCCAGAAAGCUAUCAUGAUACAGGCUCAUGUUCGAGGUUACCAAACGAGGAAGCAGUACAAGGUAAUCUGCUGGGCGGUAGGAAUGCUAGAUAAGGUAAUACUGAGGUGGAGAAGAAAAGGUGUUGGACUAAAAGGGUUCAGGCAAGACGUGGAAAGUGGAGAGGAAAGUGAAGAUGAGGACAUUCUGAGAGUGUUUCGUAAGCAGAAAGUAGAAGGUGCAGUGAAUGAGGCUUUCUCUCGUGUUAUGUCUAUGACUCGUACUCCAGAGGCUCGCCAACAAUACCACCGUGUGCUCACGACAUACUGUAAAAAAAAGGCUGAGCUUGGGAAAACAGAGACAUUAGGAAUAGGUGGUAGUGGUGGUGGUUAUGAGGAUGAUGAUGCAUUAUUCGACAUAGCUGAUAUGGAAGAUGACCAUUUGUUUUCACUGCCUUGAGAGGGAAAGCCAUGCAACAAAUGUGGAUUUAGAGGUUUUAAUAAUAAGUCUGUAGAAUUUGUAAAGUUUCAAGAGCGAAUUUAGUUUUAUAGAAUUGCAAUGAAAAAGAAGGAUAAAACAAGGGAAGAAGCUGUUAUUAGUAGUAAGCGAUUGUAAAUGAUCUCUAUUGUGGCCAAAUUUGAUACAAAUUUGGAAACAUUGCUUCUUUUGUACAAGAAAAAAAAAACAAAGUAAAUACAAAUUUACAGUGUUGAGUGAAA